CCGCGAUCAUCAUGGAAGAAUCCAGGCGAAUAAGUGCCCGACUCAAGCGCGAGAGAGAAGAGCUUCAAUUGCUCACCUCGCUCGCGGACCAGCUUUGCGAUAUAGAUCCAUUCCCGCCAGGGUACAACUACUCUAAGACGCUGAAGAAACUGGUUGGCAUUCUCGAGAAGCCGAACCGCACCGCCUUCUCCAGUCUCUCGUCGGACCCGGUCAUACACAGCAUCAUGGAGCAGAAUAUCGAGGUUCUGGACAUCAUUGGUCUAUCUUUCGAAGCCUUCGGGGCCAUAUCGAGUGCCGGACGCGACGAUAGGAUGACAAGCACGGUGCCCUUAACAUCAAUGCGGGCGUUGUGGCCUCAUAUCAUCCGAUGGGCAGUCACCCUACACCCUCCACUCCACCGUCCAACACUGCCCGACGGCGGAUCGACAGUGCGUAGAAUUAUCAGGGCGUACUUCAUGAUGAGUCUAGAGGGCACACCGGAUGCGAAUGUAUUCCUGCAAGCGCAUCCCAUCCUCAUCACGCACCUUAUCGACCUAUGGCUCCGCUUCCCUCAGUAUAUCGCUGCGUCGGAACCAGACGCUCUCGAGACCGUGGGAAUGCCAAUCAGUCUCAUGGAAUCACUCCAUCAUAUCCUUGUCCGCAAGGACACGUCCCCCUCUGGUGACGAUCGCGCGCUCUUUGUCAACCAUCUACGCCGAGCUCUAGGUGGCCAGCACACAGCCUACACCGUCAUGGCUCAGCACACGAACUAUCUCGUCCGUCUACCGCACAAGCCGGCCUUCAUGGACUUCCCUAUCCAACAGCAGAUCUGGGCGGAUCACUUCAAUCUCAUGAUCAAUGUCGUCAGCAUGCUGGAGUUCAAACGCGCGCGUAUCCCAGGAAAAGCUGUUUUCGCCGUCGUCGCAGGUGCUACGCGCUGCCUGGACACCGUCGAUACCCGUGAGGGUGCGCUCCUCGCCAUUCACCUGCUCGAUGUUCUAUGCCAAACGGCUUCGAGCAAUAAGGCGCUCGCAUACGCGAUGGAGGCGGGCGUCUUCGAUGUCUUGCGCAAGCUCGAGCAGAGCGCGUCGGAGGGGGCGCAUCUUGAUGGCCAUAUAGCUGGCUUCAUCCACUUCAUCUGCGCCGGGCUUUAUCAGGCGCGGGUCCUCCGCGCCUUCAUUCGCCGUCAUCCUAGGAAGCUCAUGCCGAGGCUCAAACCCGUACCGCCGACUGAGGUGUCUUGGACAAGCAUCGCGACCAUCUCUGACGCCGCUCGAGAGCUAUAUCGACAGUCGCACGAUCUGAAGGAAUGGAAAAAGGACCUCAUAAUGAGUUGGUGCGAGUUUGUCCAUGCGCGGAGGUGUACUACUGCUCGGGUAGCUGCCAGCGGCUGCACUACCCUAUACAUCGAGAGACUUGCUGUCGAGAAGCCGGGCCGUGGGGUCUUCAUGGCACGUGCCAUCUCCCUCGACGACACAUUCUUCAUCUGCAGCUCCACGCGAUUUUUCAUCAUCACCGCGUUCUCCAUGAUCAGGGAGCAGAUCAUCGAGGCGCUCGCAUCACGACGGAAAGCCGUGAAACCACCACUGGUAACGCAGCCGGUCAUUUUCUUCGAUCUCACGAAUAUUCUUUCCGGUGGGCGAAGCCAGGUGUACCUUCGCACGUCGUACAUGCCCGAUGCGACACCGCGUGCACAUAGUACCAUCCUCUCAGAAGUCGCUCUGCGGGCUGGAAAGCACUCAAUCACAAAGACCAUCCCGCUCAUCCUUGAUCUUGAAGACUUCGGUAUAUCCCAAUGA